CACGGAGUGGGGAGCGUCCAAGCGUUGUUCGGCGGCUGCCUACGGUGAUCACUGCAUUGCAGCUAAUACCGACGAUCAUGGCAAAGCUCCUCAAGGACAGUUCUUGCAGCCAGAGCAUGACGCCUCCGACAAGGUGUCCAGAGCAUUUGCUCCAGCCUCCCCUCAUUCUUCUUCUUUGAAGCUCCCCAGAUACUUCAACUUCAUUCUACUCCAGCUCACCUCACAUGAUCACACAAGCUUUCCAUCACCAUGACUAGUCAACUACGAUCUCUACUCGGCACCAUUAGGAAGAAGCCAACCAAGGCCAGCGAUGGCAGGUCAGCGGAAGCUUAUGGAGUCACGAAUAAUGACAAAACGUCCAUCGUCAACGACGUGACGACUAUGGGCGUCAAGAACGCCAAAUUCGCUGUUGAGGCCGUUACUACGCUAGCCUCUGGCGAGCCUCUUGACGACAAAGACCUCUUGCUCGAGCAAGGUGUUGAGAUGCUCCAAACCUUGCCGCCAAACAGUGGUCUAAGCGCAAAGGUAUCGGAUGGCUUCAUCAGUAUGCUCUGGCAUGAUUUGCCACAUCCUACACCCACCCAUGCAGGACCCUCUGCACGAUACCGCAAACAUGACGGGUCUGGGAAUAACCCUCACAACCCUGAGAUGGGCAAGGCCGGCUCACCAUAUGCCCGAAAUGUGCCACCCUCGAAGCCGAAAGGACCAAAUCUUCCUGAUGUUGAAGACGUAUAUGAGGCGCUUCUGAAGCGUGAUGGUCCCUUCCGCCCACAUCCAUCUGGAUUGAACCGACUCUUCUUCUCUUUCGCUACUGUCGUGAUUCACGAGUGCUUCCAAACAUCAAGAACGGACCCCUGGGUCAAUGAAACGUCCAGUUACGUCGACCUCAGUACCCUCUACGGGAACACAGAAAAUGAGCAGAAGCGGGUUCGAACAUAUCACAAUGGCGAAAUCUACCCCGACUCGAUUGCCUCAGAGCGUAUCAUGAUGAUGCCUCCUGGUGUCGUCGCUGUGCUCCUCAUGUUCUCUAGGAAUCACAACCAUAUCGCUGAGUCGCUGCUGUCGGUGAAUGAGGACGGCAAGUAUAGGCCUUGGGAUACUCUCGACGACAAAGGUAGGAAAUGGCAAGACGAAGAUAUCUUCCAGAUCACGCGCAAUAUCAACGUCGGCUUCUUCGCGUCAGUCGUGCUUCGAGAUUACGUUGCAGCUAUCCUCAACACCCCGCGAGCUAAUUCUGAAUGGUCUCUCGAUCUCGGCAAGGAGAUAAAGCAGGGCGGAAAUCGUGUAGAGCGCGGAACUGGUAGUCAAGUAUCCGUUGAGUUCGCGGUCUUGUACCACUGGCAUGCAGCAUUGAGUGUAGCGGACGACAAGUGGAUGGAAGACAUCGUGCGAGUCAUAUUCCCCGACUUGAGAAGCAUCGACGAUCUCACUAUCGAGAUGUUUCAUGAGGUCAUGAAGUACCAUGGACAUUCUCUUAUGAGCAAACUACCCAAAGAUUGGACAUUUGGGGGCCUUGAGCGAGGAGCUGAUGGGAGAUUCAAGGACGCUCAAUUGGCCGAGCUGAUCAAGAGUUGCACCGAGGAACCUGCUCACGCAUUUGGCGCCCAUGGUACUCCUGCUAGUCUCAAGGUUGUUGACUUGAUGGGGCAGUUGCAGGCGCGCGAAAUGUUCAACGUUUGCACGCUCAACGAGUUCCGCAGAUACUUGAACUUGAAGCCCUACGAGACAUUCGAAGACUGGUGCUCUGACAAGGAGACGGCACGAUCGGCAGAAUUGUUGUACGGUCAUAUUGAGAAUAUGGAGCUGUAUCCCGGCCUGAUGGCUGAAUGUACCAAGCCUCCUAUGCCAGGCAGCGGUGUGUGUCCAGGGCAAACCACUGGACGAGGCAUCCUUGAUGACGCCGUUGCGCUGGUUCGUGGCGACCGAUUCUUGAGCUACGACUUCAACAGCAAUACUCUGACGCAGUGGGGUGCGGCAUUGCUCUCAGAGACGACUCCUGGCGCUUACGGCGGUGUUUUUCCGAGGCUUCUUUUCCAAGGACUUCCCGGUGGCUUCACUGGUACAUCACCUUACGUGCUCUUGCCCUUCUACACACCCGAGGCUGCGAAGGGUAUUCUCAGCGGCAACAAAGUUCUCGAGAAGUACAAGCUUGAGCGACCGCCCAAUGACUACGAUAUCGUCAGCAUCCAAACCCAAGAGGGCUGCAAGAAAGUCUUCGAGGACCGAGAGAGCUUCGCGGUUAUGUACCAAGCCGCAAUCCGCCAAUGUACAGCUGGUCACGAUUUUAUGAUCGGAUGGGACGAGCAGAAGAAGCAUGACGAGCGCUCCAACAUCCUGCAUAAGAUCUUUUUUGAGGAGGGCUUUGAGAAGAAUAUCAACGAGUUCUUCAGCACCAACGUCCGCAAUCUGAUUAAGAAGAACUCGCUCAAGGGUGCAAAGGGUAGGAUGUCAAUCGACAUCGUCCGGGACGUGACGAACAUCGCGCCCAUCCUCUGGCUUGCAGAGCGCUUCGCCCUGCCUCUCAAAACGCAGGAGCAACCACGCGGCCUCCUCUCCAUCCAUGAGGCCUUUACCGCCUACCUAGUCCUAUUCAUGUACCAGAGCUUCAACAUCAUCCCCGCCAACGAAUGGAAGCUUCGGGAAGGUGCCAUGAAAGCCGCUGCUCCACUCCGCUCCAUUUUCGAAACCCAUCUCAAGACGCAGACUGGCAGGCUUGAAGGCAUCGUGGACUGGAUGGCCAAGGGCAGCGCUUUUGAAGUUGGCCCGCAUGCUGACCGUAUCUACCACGCGCUCGCUGAGACCAAGCUACCUCUCGGCGACCAAGUAGGCGACUGUAUCGGCAUGGGAGCGCCCGUAGCCGGUAAUUUGACACAGCAAGCGUCCCUCCUGAUUGACCUCUACCUCAGCCCAGGAUACGAGCAGUACAAAGAACGCAUCGUGCAGCUUGCACACAUGGACCCUGCGGCUUCCGACCGUGAACUCCAGGGUUUUGUGUACGAAGGCAUGCGCCACGCCGGCGUCGUGCCUGGUCUUCCCCGCGUCGCUACACGCGAUAUCACCAUCAACGACGGCGUCCGCGGGCCCAUCGCCAUCAAAAAGGGCCACACGGUUCUCGUUGCCACGUCAAAAGCCUCUAUGGACCCCGUCGCAUUCCCAAACCCAGAGAUUCUCGACCCGCACCGAUCGUUCAAAGACUACACGUUGCUUGGUCACGGCAUGCACUUCUGUUUCGGCGCGCGCCUAGUCGGCCCCUCGCUCGCUGCCACGCUACGAGAGGUCUUCAAGUUAAGAAAUGUACGCCGUGCACCAGGGAAACAGGGGCGUUUCAGUAUUACCGAACAUACACUCGCUGGUAUUACUAUGAGGCAUUAUCUCGAUGCCAGUUCCAAGGAGAGCCCUAUCCCAACUAGCCUCCGUUUACACUAUGAUGGGGAUGAUGUGCCGAGUGGUGUCGACGGUGUCAGUGGGCUGAUCAACGGACAUACGAAUGUCUAUGCAAAUGGGCGGCCGAGUGCGUAUGCGGAUGGUCAGUCCAAUGGGCAUGCAAAUGCGGGUGGGGACAAUGCGAACGGGAAUGCGUAUACAAUCGCACCUUAA